AAUGAAAACAGUACAUUGAUGACUUAUGAAGAGAAAACGAAGUAAAUACCUAACCAAAGACAUAAAGUCGAAAAUUCUCUCACCUUUCUCUCUCUUUCUGUUCCACAAGUAUUUCAUCUUCUUCCCAAUCAGGGUUCUUUCUUUCUGCUUCUUUUACUGGACUAUGAGAGAAGACCCAAUCAAACCUGUAGUUUAUGCAAUUUCAGGAUAUGUAGCCAUGAAAGAUUAUGAUGUUUAAUUGUCCAAGCAUCUUUCCACAUUGUGCAUUUCCCAUCUUGAAUUAAUUUGCAUAUCAAAUGGAUGACGGUGGGCAUCGUGAAAACGGGAGACAUAAAGCAGAGCAGUAUAAGGCAGCUCAGGGCCAGUGGUUUGCGCAUCAUCAACCAACAAUGAAACAGAUAAUGGCCAUUAUGGCUGAGAGAGAUGCAGCCAUACAAGAAAGAAAUUUAGCCCUCUCAGAGAAAAAGGCAGCCAUUGCAGAACGAGACAUGGCAUUCCUGCAGCGAGAUACAGCUAUUGCUGAACGUAACAAUGCUAUGUUAGAACGAGACAAUGCCAUUGCAAGUCUUCAGUAUCAAGAAAAUUCUUUAAACAGUGGUAGUAUGUCCUCAUGUCCACCAGGAUGCCAAAUUGCUCGUGGGGUGAAGCACAUACACCAGCCACAGCAGUUUACACAUUACCUGCCCCACACAACUGAAGCUGCAUAUGGUGCAAGAGAGAUUCAUACAAGUGGUGGCAACCCCAUGUCUACUGGUGCUACUGAGACUGGAAAGCCACGACGGGUUAAACGAGCAAAGGAGGCCAGGGUGAUGCCACCUAGUAAGAAGACAUCAAAAUCCCCACGGAAGAUUAAGAGGGAAACUGAAGACCUGAAUAAUAUUGUGUUUGGGAAGCAACAAGAGUGGAAGAGUGUGCAAGAUUUGGAUGGAGGAGACGAUGUAAACAAACAUUUGGCAACGUCAAAGUCUGAUUGGAAGGGUCAGGUCCUGGGAUUGAACCAAGUUACAUUUGAUGAAACCACCAUGCCAGCACCUGUAUGCUCCUGCACUGGGUCGCUAAGGCAGUGUUACAAAUGGGGUAGUGGGGGAUGGCAGUCUGCAUGCUGCACAACCUCCUUGUCCAUGUACCCCCUACCAGCUGUGCCAAACAAGCGGCAUGCCCGAAUAGGUGGCCGGAAGAUGAGUGGAAGUGCAUUCAACAAGCUGCUUACUCGACUAGCUGCUGAAGGCCAUGAUCUGUCAAGGCCAGUUGAUCUCAAGGACCAUUGGGCCAAGCAUGGAACAAAUCGCUACAUCACAAUCAAGUAGAUUUUAAGAAAUUUUGCUACGGAGGUAAUAACAAAAUCUAUGUUGCUAAAAUGAUAGUUAAUGGGUCGGAUCGGAGGCAAAAUUAUUGAAAUACAUGAAUAGAUUGUCUCACUUUUCGAUUUCCUUUUAAUCUUUUGUCAACAUUUUUGGUGCUUCGUGAUAAAUAUGAGUAAGCAGACGGUUUAAAUGAGAA